AUGUCAGAUUAUAUAGAGCCAGAUACACCUAAUGGAGUGAAACAUCAUUCUAAUACAACUAAUGAUGAAAUUUUAUCAAAUGUAGAUAUAUCAAAUCCAUUUGAUGAUAAUAAUGCUAAUAGUGAUUUUAUUCAAACAGAUACCUAUAACGUUUCAAAGAAUUCAAGAGGCACUUUAGAUGAAACUAUAUUAGAAACUUUAAGAAGAGAUUUUACUGAAAUAAAUACAACUUUGAAAAAAGUUGUAUAUCCACAUUUCCCAUCAAGACAAUUAUUAUCUUCAACCUCAACUAUGAUCACUAAUGAAUCAUUAUCAUCAUCUAGUAAUUCAGCAAAUGACCAAUCUAUUGCAGAUAUUUCUGCCAACUGUGAUCUUUGGGCUCCAUUAAUUUUUGUUAUUACUUAUUCAUUAUGUGUUUCACAUGCUCAUACAUUAUUCUCAAGUUUAUUUGUUUUAUGCUGGACUUUGUUAUUAAUAAUGUCAUUGCAUAUGAGAUUAACAAAACCUUAUGAAAAUGUUAAUAUGAUUACUUAUAUAUCAUUAUCAGGUUAUUGUAUCUUUCCACAAGUAAUUAAUUCAAUAAUAACACAAAUUAUUUUCCCAAUUAUACUAAAAAUGGCAGGAAAUAGACAUUGGAGUAUAAGAAUUAUAACAUUAUUAAAAUUAAUUACUUUAAUAUUAUGUGAAUUAUGGUCAUUAACUUCUAUUUCAUUAGUUACAAAUAGUAAAGGAUUUGUACAAAUUUUCCCAUUAGGGUUAUGUCUCUUAGGAUUAGGUUGGUUAGCAACUAUAUUAUAA